AUGGAGCCGACAGCUAAAGCACGGACUGAAAAAAGUUUCAGCUACGUUGUCAGAGCCCCCAGCAGUGAUGGGUUUGAUGUGAUGAACGUCGAUGUGAAGAUCGACACGUCCUGGAUAUUCCAGGACGCAGAGGACGGUGGUGAGGAGCACGGCUAUCUUCCGGACGGAGCAGCCAGCAGCCCAGACGUGGACACAGGGACGCUCGGGAAGCAGCUGGAAUGCUCAGAGCAGAAGCUGUUGGCAGCCGUGGACAAGCACAUGAUGUCGGAGUCCAGGCUGAGGACCAGAAUCCGGGAGCUGGAGCUGUCGGAGAGGAGCCUCUUGCGGAGGGUGGACGAGCUGGGUGCCCGCGUGCUCCAGGAGCGCCGCGCCUCUCUGCGGGCCCACGAGGAGCUGCAGGCACUGCGGGGGGAGCUGGCCCACCAGGUCCUGGAGAAGGAGCGCGCGGCCCGGCGGCAGCGGUGGCGGCUGCGGCGGCUGCGGGAGCGGCUGCGGCGCAAGGACUAGGCGCUGGCGCGGCAGGCGGCGGCCCUGGAGCGCGCCCGGCGGACCCAGCGGCGCCAGCUCGGCCUGGUGCGCGAGCAGGAGCGCGUCCUGCGGGCGCAGGUGCAGCGUCUGGAGGCGGACGUGCGGCGCCUCUGCCGCGCCGCGGGCCUCCUGCUGGCCGAGCUGGACGUCCCGGCCCCACGCAGCCCCCGAUCCCCGGGCCCCGCCGACCCCCGGAGCGCCCCCCAGGAGGCCGCGGAGCUGCGCGCCCUGCAGGCGAGGGCCGAGCGCGGCGAGCGCGAGCGGGAGGAGGCGGCGCGCCGGCUGCGGGACCAGCGCGCCACUGAGCGCCGGCUCCGCGCGCAGCUGGAGGAGCUGCGCUGCCGCGUCUACGAGCUGCAGCUGUCGGAGAUCGGCCUGCAGGGCCAGGUGGAGGACCUCGCCGAGCAAAACAGGAGCCUGCGAGAGAAGCUGGGAGGCCAGGCCCCCGGGGACAGCGCGCGCAGCACGGCCCCUGAUGGUCACGGCAGCCUGGAGGCCCCAGGCCGUGUUCAGGACGGACCUCAGCCCCUGCCGGGGGAGAAGGCACCAGAUGCCUGCAGAAGCCAUGGCCGGCACACCACCCUCCGCUCCCACGGGGCCCCUGGACCCAGGGCCUCAGCAGGCCAGCCCCCCGAGGGUCCCUGCGCCUGGGUCUGCAUCGGGGCUGGACGGGGCCCCUCUGAUUCGGUGUCAGGCCUGGAGACCACGGCCGAGCUCCUGGGGGUGCUUGCAGGACGUGACCGUGCACAGCUUACUCCGGCUGAGCCCAGAGUGGAUGCACAGCCUCUUCUCCUCAUCUGUGGCUGCCCCCCAGGGCAGAACGUGGAUGGCUCACUCCUCUCCGUGGAGCUGGCCUGGGUUUCAGAGCAGAAGCCAGCAGCCGUGCCGGCCCAGGAGUCCUUUCUCCUGGUGCAGACAUCCACACUCCCUCCCUGGGGACUGGCCGGGGACCCAGCUCCCCUGCCACCACCACCGCUGCCCUGGGAGGCCGCCCCGGGACAACUCCAAGGCCAGCAGGUGCUGGACGUGAGGCCCCCACCUGCCCCCAGAGCCGGAGGACAGUCCUGCCAGGACCAUCGCCAGGCAAGGGGCCGCGAUGCCCCCCUCUGCCGGGAGUCCCCCCACGUUUCAAAUCCCCCAUUACCCAGGAGAGGCCCCAGGGAUCUAAAAGGCUCUCAGAAGGAGGAAGGAGGAGCCCCAGAGUGGGGAACCGAGGAGCAGGAGGUGAGGAGGACUUGGGACAGGAAGGAGGAAGACCUCGGUGACAAGCGCCAGCCAAGUCAGGAAGGCCGUGAGAACCUGAGCCUGGAGGACAGGGUGGGAGCCCUGGAGGGCGUGCAGGGCGGGCACAGGGCUGCAGAAGCCUGGGUCGCUGCCUCCCGCCCCCGGCCCGGGCAGCAGCUUGCACUGCCUCCUCUGCAGGAGGAGGCUGCAGGGUCAACAGAGGGUCCCGAGUCCCUGAGCAGGAGGGGCACGGGGGCAGGGCGUGUCUGGGACCUCCCAGGGGGGUUUUCCUUAGAGGAGGAGGAAGAGGCCUCCCCAGCCACCUGCUUCAGGGCUCACGACACCAAAGGCCCGUCUCCAGCAGGCGCUCAGCAUCUUGCAGAGCAGGGCCGAGCCGUCGGGAGAGUUCAGGGCACGGAGGAAAAGCACGUGUGGUCUGGAAGUGCUUGGCUGCUGCAGGAGGAGAGCCCCGGGGACCAAGGGCAAGAGGAGGAGGAGCAGAAGGCGUUCCAUCAGGAAGGGUCCAGCCCCGGCUGCAGGGGUUUCCUGGAGGAGCCUAGUUCUGAGGAAUGUGAGGCCAACGAAGUGCUUCUCUUUGUGAAAGAGGGAGGUUUGCCACUGUCUCUGAGAUUGGCCUUAUCGCCCGAGGGGGCCAAACCCACCAGCCACUCACAGGCUCCGAGCACAGGGCAGGACAGGUCUGUGCUCACCAUAGAGGAAUUCGAAAAGGAGGUGGAAGCUUGUUUCCAGCAGCUCUCCAUCCUGAAGCUUGGGAGCGAGGGUCGUCGGCAGAAAGUUCCCACGUUGGCAGGAGAAAACUGGAGCUUUGCUCGCAGGUGGCCCAGCUGCCAGGAGAACGCCUGUGCUCGGCAGGCUUUGGCAAACCAGAGUUUGGAUCUUUGUUCUGCCAUGGAAGCACAUCCCACUGAGAGCAGUGAGGAUGUUGAGCUGGGAGAGACCGAGGCCCUGGGAGCCGGCCAAGUUCUUCCGGGCACGGUGCCUGAUUCGGACGAUGUGGGUCCGCGCCCAGGGGGGCCCUCUGAGCUGGGUCAGACCUGGCUCUCUGAGCGCCCGACAGCCCUCGAGAGAGUGAGGAGAAGGUUUCAUCAGCUCAUUGCUGGGCUGAAGAAAGAGAGAAGCAGAGUUUUACGUGACAUCGCACUUCAGAGAGACCAAGAGAGGGGCCGUAAAAAGCUGCGUGCCCUUGAAAAAGACAGGGAGCGAACUGUGAAAAACAUAUCUGCGCUCGAGCGGGAUAACAGCGCACUGUUGGGAGACAUCGCUCACUUAAAGAGGGAGCUGGACCAGUGUUUGCAGGUCAUUUCUGACCUCGAAGACUGCAACGGGAAAAGUUACGGCAAAAUUUCCGAGCUCGAGGAAGAAAACGAGAAACUGAAAGUGCGUGUGGAACAGCUCGGGAAAGCCCUGUCUGAGAGCUUUAGAGCAUCCAAAGGCGUGACGGAGCACGUCACACGGGAAAACCGGGAGCUCAAGGCGCUGAUUUCCCAGCUUGGGGUCAGUUACAAAGAGCUGAUAAAGGACGUAGUGUUGGGGAUAGAAGACAUGAUCCGGGCCUUAAGGAGGGAGAAUGACCACCUUCUACACAGGAUCCAAGUCCUGGAGAGGGAAGUCACAAAGGGGAGGAGCACGGAUGUGGGGCGCUUGGUGAGGGCCCAGGAGCCCCUCCAAGGAAAAUGCAAGAUGGCGGUGGACAAGGAGAAUGCUGUAGAAAGGGGAGUGCAGGUAACUCAGCUUCCAGGGCCACUGAUCACAGGACUGCACGGGCUGCCCUUGGAGGAGGAAGUGGGUCUGGCUGGAGAGCGGACGGGACUGUCCUCGGGCAUGGAGAAUUCCAGGUGCCGUGCUGAUUCUACUGCUCCACCGCUGGUCUGGGGAAACGCCGAGGGAUCCAGUGGCCUGCAAGGAAACACCGAUGGAGCGGGGGUGAGAGAAGCACUUCCGGAACAGGAGGAGAAAAGACCGUGGUGUUCUGCAGACCAAGGGUCAGCUCUGAGGCCCCCGAGCAACGGCCCCCAGCUCCAGGACCUGGAGGCUGAGACUUCCGAGGAGGCCCUCAGGCUGCAGGUCAGACAGCUCCAUCACCAGGUGCGGACGCUGCGGUGCCAGCUCAGGGACCAGGGCUCCUCACAUCUCGGGCUCCAGGCGUCUCUGCAUGAGGCCGUCCACCUGCGGGCCGAGCUCACGGGCCAGCUUGAAGAACUUCAGAAAAAGCAACACGAAGCAAAUUUGGCUGUGACUCCUCUGAAGGCCAAGCUGGCUUCUCUGGUCCAGAAAUGCCGGGAGAGAAACCACGUGAUCACGCGCCUGCUGCGGGAGCUGCACAGACACGGGGCGCUGGAUCGCCUGCUCUCCGAGACGGCGCAGAGCAUGGUGAACGACGUGGCGCUGGCCGAGUAUGCGGCCACCUUCCUGGCUCCCGGGGUCCCACAGACAGGCCACCACCUGGAUGCCGAGUCUGAGAAGACAGCAGCUGUAAGAGCUCAGAAAUGCGUCCUGGAUCCCGAAAUGGACAGCGUCCUCCAAAGACCAUUGUGUUCAGAGUCCUGGCCGAUUCCUGCGGCUGAGGAGCCAACACAGGCAGCUGGACCGAAUUCUUUGAAGCUCCCCCUGCCCUCCGGGCCCACGCCAGAUGCUGGACCACGCCCCAUCUCUGUGCGACCAGGACUCCCUGCACAAGGUCUGCAAGAAAAAGAUGGAAUGUCCUGUCCCGCCCUCCCAGCCGACGGCCGCCCACCGUGCUCUGAGCUCCUGAGCCCCGCGAGGAUCCUGGCUUUCCACAAAGAGCUUAGACAAAGCAUUUGCAGCAAUUCCCAGGUCCAUAAAUCACCCCUGGAGUUAUAA